AUGGGCCGGGACAUCAAGGUUCUCCUGUUCGGAGACCAGUCGGAAGAAAGAUUCGACGAGCUGCGCGAAAUAGUCACAGUUACCGACAAUCCUCUUCUGAGCGCUUUCAUCGAAAAGGCAUAUUUGGCUUUACGAGAUGAGGUUACCCAUCUCCCUUCGGUGACGCGGGGCUUGCCUGGCUUCACGAGCAUCGAGACGUUGCUGUGGCGAUACAAGGAGGCCGGCGUUCGACACCCAGCGAUCGAAAGUGCAUUGGUGUGCAUCCACCAGAUCGGUACUGUGUUGAGAUACUACGGCGAUGGAUCAGAAAUCUAUCCCAAACCCGAAGAUACUAGACUUGUGGCCUCCUGUACCGGGCUGCUCUCUGCCGCCGCCGUCAGUUGCGCCCAUACCUAUAGCGAGCUUGUCUCUGUCGGCCUCGAGGCUCUCAAGCUUGCAUUCCGCGUCGGAUCCCAGGUGACCCAGGCGUGUGAUGAGAUUGAUCAGACGUCGGUGCCAAGCAGUUGGGCAGCCAUCUUCCCUGGGGUAGGAAAAGAAUCAGCGUAUUUAGCCCUUGACGACUACUACAAGAAAACGAACGUCCCGCCAACCAGCCGACCUUAUGUGUCUGCUACCAGUACCAACUCGGUCACCAUCAGCGCUCCUCCAGCAGACUUGGAGAGACUGAUUGAAGCUCGCAUCUUCAAAUCUUGUCGGCCCAUUUGGCUGCCCAUUUUUGGGCCUUAUCAUGCGCCUCAUUUCUACGGUCACGAGACGGUGGUCUCUUUGGCUGCUUCGAUCGAUGAUGCGAGUGCCAGUGAGUGGAAAGUGCGAAUUCCCAUCAUCAACAAUGGCAAAGAGUAUGCCUACGAAGCGUCCAAUUUCCGCCAGCUGAUCGAAGAUGUCCUUGAAGACAUCCUUCUGAAACCUCUGCAUUGGGACAGGCUGUGUACCAAUUGUGUAGCCAGCGUCUCCUCGGCGGAACCAGAGCAAUGCCGCGUCGUGCCAGUAGGCGCGAAGAAUGCCUCCGCUAGCCUGGUCAAUGCUCUGAACCAUAAGGCUUCAUUCAAAAUCGUGGUUGAUAACCGCAGGACGGAAGCCGCCGACAAAACUACGGAACCCAGGCCAAUUGGAGGUCUAGGCAAACCCAAGAUUGCCAUUGUUGGCAUGUCCGGCAGAUUCCCUGAUGCCAUGAGCCCGAGCUUGUUCUGGGACCUCUUGAGAAAAGGUCUUGACGUUCACCGUGAAGUGCCACCCGACCGAUUUGAUGCCCAAGCACACUACGAUCCAAGUGGCAAGCGCAAAAACACAACCCACACACCAUAUGGCUGCUUCAUCGAGCACCCUGGCUUGUUUGACGCCCGCUUCUUCAACAUGAGUCCUAAAGAAGCAGCUCAGACAGAUCCCAUGCACCGAUUGGCUCUACUGACCGCUUACGAGGCGCUCGAAAUGUCCGGCUUUGUUCCUAAUAGAACUCCUUCAACGAGAGUUGACAGGGUUGGGACAUUUUAUGGCCAGACUUCUGAUGACUGGCGAGAGAUUCAAGAUGGACAAAACAUCCAAACAUACUUUAUUCCUGGAGGUGUGAGAGCUUUUGCACCCGGAAGAAUCAACUAUCAUUUUGGCUUUUCGGGGCCCAGCUUCAGCGUCGAUACGGCAUGCUCUUCUAGUCUUGCUGCAAUCAACAUUGCUUGCAACUCCCUAUGGCUUAGAGACUGCGAUACCGCCCUUGCCGGUGGUCUGAAUGUCUUAACUAACCCAGAUAUCUUCUCCGGUUUGUCCCGUGGCCAGUUCUUGUCCAAAACGGGCAACUGCAAAACAUUCGAUGAUGCAGCGGACGGCUAUUGUCGUGGAGACGGUGCCGGCACGGUCAUCCUGAAACGUUUGGAAGAUGCUGAAGCGGACAACGAUCCAAUUCUUGCAGUCAUCCUUGGUACAGGUACCAACCACUCUGCUGAGGCAGUCUCCAUCACCCACCCUCACGCGGGAGCUCAGGAGUAUCUCUUCAAGAAGGUUCUCACAGAGUCUAACCUUGAUCCUCAUGAUAUUUCGUAUGUCGAAAUGCACGGUACCGGAACUCAAGCAGGUGACGCCAUCGAAAUGGAGUCGGUCCUAAAUUCAUUCGCCCCAGCGGAUCGACAGCGUCCUCCAGACCGCCCACUCUACCUAGGAAGUGUGAAAGCGAAUGCUGCUUCGGGUAUCACUGCCCUCGUCAAAAUCCUCCUCAUGCUUGAGCAUGGUCUCAUCCCACCCCAUUGCGGUAUCAAGGGCAGUAUCAACCAUAACUUUCCGGAUCUUGGGGCUCGCAAUGUACACAUUUCUCUCGGUCAUGAGACACCGUGGAAGCGACCGCGAGGUGGCAAACGCAGGAUGUUCUUGAACAACUUCAGUGCCGCAGGAGGGAACACCUCGCUUCUCAUGGAGGACGGAGAUCUACCUACUUUGGAUGGCGAAGACCCUCGCUCCACUGCCGUCGUUGCGGUCACUGGAAAGACCAAGAAAGCUUUAGUGGACAACACAAAGAACCUGAUCGAGUAUAUAUCCGACAAAACUGUAGAUCUCCCGUGUUUGUCCUACACGACGACAGCCAGAAGAGUCCACUACUCCUACAGAACAAGUGUUGCCGGCUCCGAUCUGCCUGGAAUUCUGUCAGGACUUCGAAAAUCCUUGGAGUCUGAGCCAACUCCUGUUCCUUCCGGUGUCCAGAUGGUGUUUGCCUUCACUGGGCAAGGCUCACACUACACUGCUAUGGGUAAGCAGCUCUACGAAACCAACAACCAAUUCCAAGCCGAUCUUCAACGCUUCGAUCUUCUAGCUCGAAACCAAGGACUGCCUGCCAUCUUACCCCUGGUCGAUGGGAGCACUGAAAUCGAGAAGCUUAGCCCGGUGGUGGUACAGACUGGAGCGGUCUGUGUUCAAAUGGCGCUUGUUCGAUUAUGGCAAUCCUGGGGUAUCGAAGCAGCCGCAGUCGUUGGCCACAGCCUUGGAGAAUAUGCAGCGUUGCAAGCAUCUGGUAUUUUGUCAAUCAACGAUGCUAUUUUCCUAGCUGGCACAAGGGCAAAAUGCCUCGAGCAACAUUGUACGAUGAACACGCACGCCAUGCUGUCUGUUGCUGCCUCGGUCCAGGAACUUGAGGGAGUCGUUGACGGCAAGACACUUGAGAUCGCCUGCAUCAAUGGACCAAAGGCAACAGUGAUCAGUGGAGAAUCAUCCAACAUUGACAAGCUCAAGGAACAUCUGUCCUCCAAAGGCAUGAAAUGUACCAAACUAGCAGUGCCUUUCGCAUUUCAUUCCACGCAGGUAGAACCUGCUCUGACUGACUUCGAAGCUGCCGCCGCUGGAGUUACCUACCAUGCUCCCAAGAUACCGCUCAUUGCUCCACUGCUGGGCACUGUGGUCGACGAGGAAGGAAUCGUCAACGCAAAGUAUUUGAGACGUCACUGCCGUGAGCCGGUAAAUUUCCUGGGUUGCAUCCGAGCUGCAAAGGACAAGGGGAUUAUCAAGGAUAUGACCCAGUUUCUCGAAAUUGGCAGCCACCCAAUCUGUGGUGGUAUGGUCAGAUCAAUCUUGGGUCCGACCACUGUGGCUCUUCCGUCAUUAAAACGGGAUGAGGAUGUUUACAAGACCUUAGCAACGACCCUCUGUGGUCUCCAUCAGGCUGGUCUCACAAUCAACUGGAAUUGCUACCACGAAAGUAUUCCCCGCUGUCAACAGACCCUGAAGCUGCCAGCCUAUGCUUGGGACGCAUCAAAUUACUGGAUUGAAUACGAGAACAAUUGGACGCUCAGCAAGCCUGGCAUGGCGCAGAUGCCUGCGGGCGAGCAGUCUAAGAAGCUAAGCACAAGCACAGUCCAGCGUGUCGUCGAAGAGAAAUUUCAGGGUCAAACUGGCACUUUAACCACCGAAACCGACAUUUCGAAGCCAGAAUUGGAGGAGACGAUCCAGGGUCACCUUGUGAAUGGCUCUGCCUUGACCUCUAGUGCGGUCUACGCAGAUAUGGCACUGACCAUUGGUGACUAUGUUCACCGCAAGUUGCAACCCGAAAUCAAGAAUUUCGCGUUGAACUGUGCCAACAUGGUUGUAGAGAAGCCUCUCAUUUUCAAGGGUGGCGAGCAACUUCUACGCGUCGACUGCAAGGCGGAUCUUACCCAGGGUGUCUGCUACCUCACCUUCUACAGCGUUGGUCCCAAAGGACAAAAGCUCAUGGAGCACGCCUAUUGUGAAGUUCAAUAUGGCGAUGUGGAGAGAUGGUCUACCGAUCUGGCUCGACAGAAGUACCUCGUGCAGAGCCAGAUUGACCGGCUGUUGCAGAUGGGCCAAACUGGUACCCUCAGUCGACUCCAGCGAAAGAUGGCCUACAAGCUGUUCUCUGUCCUAGUUGACUACCAGAACGCUUACAAAGGCAUGGCCGAAGUCAUUCUUGACAGUCCAUUGCGUGAAGGUACCGCCAGAAUUGAACUUCAGACGGGCAGUGCUGGCACAUUUUACAUGGCACCGUAUCACGUCGACUGCCUCUGCCAUCUUGCGGGGUUCAUUAUGAAUGCAAAUGACGAACUGGAUUCUUCACAAACCGUGUACGUCAACCAUGGAUGGGACUCUUUGCGUUUCUUUGAGAAGCCGUCGGUGUCGAAGCGUUACCGUUCCUAUGUCAGGAUGCAACCUACAGGCCCUGGCUCCAAGGACUACUCCGGGGAUGUGUACGUCUUCGACGAGGACGGCAACAUUGUUGGCCAGAUUGGCGGCUUGACCUUCCAAUACUUACCCAAACAGAUUCUCGACCGAGUUCUGCCACCAGCUAGUGGUGCAAAGGCCGCUGCCUCUGCUUCAACUAAGACGACCACUGGUAGGCCAAAGAAAGCCGCCCCGAAAUCUGCUCCCACGCCACCAAAGGCAGCACCUAGCGUCCCAAGUGUCAUGAGCCGCGCAUUGGAUAUCAUGGCCGAAGAGCUUGGUGUUCCUGUCGCAGACCUGACCGACGAUACUGAUCUCAGUGCCCUUGGUGUCGACUCGUUGAUGAGUCUGACCAUCUCAGGCAAGUUCCGCGAAGGAUUAGACAUCGAAAUCCCGUCAACCUUGCUAGCCAAUUCAGAAACAUUCAAACAGGUCAAGGACUUUUUGUCUCAAUUCGAAUCCAAGGAUGCCACGCCGCCAUCACCAUCUACAGUGUCCUCGGUGGGGUCGACUGAACCGUCAGGAAGUUCGACUCCUACCCAACUUGAUACCAACUCCACGAUGUCGGACCCACAGAGUGAUGAGACACAUGCUGGACAGGAUGGUGAGAAGCUUGAGGCCAUCCGUGCUGCCAUUGCCGAAGAAACUGGUAUAGACCCCAACGAAGUCACUUCCGACAUGGACCUAGAAGCCGUCGGCAUCGAUUCUUUGAUGUCCCUUCAGAUCCUGGGUUCCUUGCGUGAAGACAAGGGUAUCGACCUGCCACCCUCAUUCUUCACUGACCACAGCACCUUUGGUGACGUUGAAAAGGCGCUGGGCGGAGUUAAAGAGGCUGCGAAGCCCAAGCUCCCGGCCAAAUCCGAAGAAAUGUCGACAGAACAGGUGGUUACGGAAAUGCAAAUAAACAAGGGCCACAAGCCGGCUGAGCCGUCGAAGGAGCAGCUGCGCACUCCGGCCUCUGGCACCAACAAGGCUUUCAAAGCAUCAUCGGUCCUGUUGCAGGGAAAUCCAAAGACUGCAACGAAGACUGUGUUCAUGUUCCCUGACGGUUCAGGCUCGGCGAUUAGCUAUGCCACGAUCCCUCCAAUCGCGCCCAAGGAUGUCGCUCUGAUUGCCCUCAAUUGCCCGUACAUGAAGGAGCCAGAGGCCUUUGAGGGAGGUAUUCCAGGAGUCACAGCGUUGUAUCUGGAGGAAAUCCGUCGCCGCCAGCCCAAGGGUCCUUAUAUCCUGGGCGGUUGGUCAGCUGGAGGCAUCUGUGCCUAUGAAGCCUGCUUGCAGCUCUCUGCUGUGGGUGAGAGUGUUGAAAAACUCAUCUUCCUCGAUGUACCGUGUCCUUUGCCACCACAAGCGCUGCCAUCUCGCUUGCAUCACUUCUUUGACUCGAUCGGACUGCUGGGCCAGGAAGGCGAAGCGCCGGGCUGGCUUAUCCCGCAUUUCACGGCGACCAUCGAAGCGCUGAGUAGCUAUCGACCGCGGCUCAUGGACCCUGCGAAAGAAAAGUUCCCAACUGUAUACACCAUCUACGCACAAGAUGGUGUGUGCAAGAAUGACAACGACCCGCGGCCCGAGCUGACCCCGGAUGACCCGCCACACAUGAACUGGCUGCUCUUCAACCGCAAGGACUUUGGACCUAUUGGGUGGGAGCAGCUGUUUGGCGGUUCCGACAACAUCAUCGGUCUUGACCCUGUCCCUGGUGUCAACCACUUCACCAUGAUGCGCGAGCCCAUGGUCGAAGAGCUACCCAGUCGCAUUCAGAAGGCCCUGGGUGUGACUGACGAGUGA